AUGAACGACGUAUUAAGUGAGCUAGCCGACAGGCGAGAAAGGAGAGUCAAAUGUCCAUAUAAGAGAUGGAAGUACGCCAUCAGGACAUUCUUUCAGCAUCCAAGAACAGCAAUACAUUCCUUCAUCAUGAUCUCCUCUGCACUUGCACUUGCUUCCCUCUUCGUCGCUGCCAGCGCACAGCAGGCUGGAACUCUUACUACAGAGACCCAUCCUGCUCUUCAAGUAAGCAUCUGCACCUCGAGCGGAUGUAAGACUUCAUCUCAGUCAAUUGUCAUCGACGCAAACUGGAGAUGGCUUCACACCACUUCUGGAUACACCAAUUGCUACACAGGCAACACCUGGAACACAGAAGCUUGCCCUGAUGGAGCCAAGUGCGCUACCAACUGUGCUUUGGAUGGAGCAGAUUAUUCCGGCACCUACGGUAUCACCACCACCGGUAACUCUCUCAAGCUCAACUUUGUCACCAAGAAGGACCAGACCAAUGUCGGAUCUCGAACAUACUUGAUGGCCGCCGGCAGUCAAACCAAGUACCAGAUGCUCAAGCUCUUGAACAAGGAGUUUACGUUUGAUGUGGAUGUGUCCAACUUGCCCUGUGGACUGAACGGUGCUCUUUACUUCUCGGCGAUGGAUGAGGAUGGUGGAAUGUCAAAAUACUCCACAAACAAGGCCGGUGCCAAGUAG